AAGAUUGUAUCCGUCACCCAAUCCAAUUUUUAUAAACCACCCAUUGUACAAAAGAAAGUAUGUUGCUGUUGUAGUAAACCUCUUUCUACCUCUUAUGUCGAGGAUAAUUUAUCGUAUUGCAAAGAAUGUCAUCUUAGACUACACAAUAAGGGCGAAUGUCCCACCUGUCAAAAACCCGUAUCCAAAAAUGAUGCUUGGAUUGAGCAUGCUGCCAGCAUUUGGCACGCUCAUUGCUUUACUUGCUUUUCUUGUCAACUACCAUUGGAAGCAAACCCAUUGAUUGACCUCAAACAACGACCUUGUUGUGAACCUUGCUUUAAUGCUCAAAGUGGGAAAUCACGUAGAAUACCCGCUACCCCUUCACCCUCCAAAUCAUCACGUUAUGACUCUUAUUCAUCUCAGUCGUCUUCUGGAUCCAGUAGCACAUCCGAACUAUACCUCAACAGUGCGCGCAACAGUCGUCGACCACGCAUUGAUCGCGACUUAUUUGCCGUCGUCACACCACCACGUACACCUUCUCCAGCCACAGAUGAAGACAUCAUCAACACUACUACCACCACCACCAGAGUCGUCACACCAAACCCACGCGUCUCUCCGUCCAGUAUAUCACGACAGCCCUGUCAUCAUUGUCAUUUACCGUUGGGUGACAGCAGUCAAAAG